CAACUUCAUAUCUCUAAAAUUAUAUUUGUCAACACUUCUCUUGCCUAACACACCAAACCCAUUCGCACGCAAAGAAUGUCUAAUUCAGAUCACUCCCAGGACUCUCAUUCGCAAGGCGAUGACCAUGACCAUGGCUCGCUGUCGGGAUCUGGACUCACUGGGCAGGAGGAAUCCCUUGAAGAUGGUCUUGAAGUGGAGCUGAGCGACCAGGACUAUUAUGACCCACACGAUGACCAUGCAUACUAUCAUGAUCAAAAUCGCCGUAUCGAGGAAUCAUGGCUCGAGUGGGAGCGGCAGACGUCGAUCAGCAACCCACAGAAUGGUAGCUUCCACAACCAGAACAUCUUUCAGAAACCAGGGUCAACAAAACGAAGAGAACGGAGACAGCGGUUGGCAUUGGCGCAAUGGAACGCUCAGUCCAACCGAUCAGGCUCAGCAUCAAGUUCAGCCUCAGGAUCAGGAUCGGCAUCAGGGUUAGGAUCGGCAUAUAUGCCAGGGUUGGCAUCAGGGUUGGGGCUCGACGAUGCCAAUUCUGCGGCGGUAGAAAAACUGAGGCGGUUGGGAACCUAUCGUCCAGCUUUGGCAUCAUCGAUGGUUCAUUCAUUUUCUGAUUCGUCUUGGGAGGCGACCCAGACUGCGCGGGAAAAGCGGCUUGCAACCAAAGCGGGGCCCAAUGGCACAGGGUACUUUAUUAUGGGUUGAUGUUAAUGCACUGCACCAACCGCUGAAUGACAUGGAAAAAGUACGAACGAUGAUCAAGCUGACCGAGAUCUGCACUGGUCUGACCAACUCUUAGCGUGAACAUUAUCUGCGCUCUACCAAUCGAACUUCUUUCUCACAUUGUGUCGCACCUGGAGCCGAACGAGCUUUUCAACGCCUCGCUAGUCUGCCAACUAUUCUACCACGUUGUCAAUGCGGACUCUUGCUGGAAGGAAGCAUUCAUAAAGUUCUUUGGGGCAU